AUGGUGCUACUCCCGCCGUGUACCCCGGAUCUAUGCGGAAGGGACUUCCGGAGUUCCUUGAAAAAGCCGAGUCCGAACUAUCCGUAUGGGAAGAAAAAAGUUCGCAUCGUUCCCGCGUUCACUAUUCAGGCGAUGCAGAAAAACACAAAGGUGUUGCCGCCUGCAAAGUGCGGUGUGCUCGAUCCUUUGCCUCCCAGGCCGACGAUGUUCAGAAGAUGUUAUCAAAGGGGUGAAUUUCCUGUCUCCAUUGAGUUCACCAAUAGCGGAAAACGGCUCCAAUGGAAGGUGCCAAUAGAAAAACUAGACUUCCAUCACUACUUGCCGAUGUUUUUCGAUGGACUCGCAGAAGCCAGUUACCCUUUUAACUUUAUUGUGGAAAAAGGAAUUAAUGAUCUGGUAACGAAGGGCUCUUAUAAGAUAUUACCCGUGGUGCCUCAGUUGAUCAUACCGAUAAAAAAUGCGCUCGCGACAAAGCGUCCUUCUGUUCUAUGCCAUGCCCUCAAGUGUAUACAGAUGCUUGUGACUGGCAGCGACAGGGUGGGAGAAGCGCUCGUUCCGUACUAUAGACAGAUAUUGCCGACGCUUAAUCUAUUCAAAGACAGAAACCGAAACAUGGGAUCUGGCAUCGACCACACCAGCACUAAAGGAGAAAACGUUGCAGAUUUGAUUGAAGAGACUCUUCAAAUUCUGGAACGUUAUGGUGGUCCAGACGCCUUCAUUAACAUAAAAUACAUGAUACCGACUUACGAGUCUUGCGUACAGAACUAG